CUUUUUUUUAAUGCAUUUGCUUUUAACUCUAUAUAGAGGAGGAAAUGAGAGUUCGUAGUUUCCUUCACGCACCGGAGAAGAAGAAGAAGAAGAAGAAGAAGAAGAAGGGAAAGCUCAAGAAAUCGGAUUUAGAGUUCUUCCCUUUCCGUCGGUGAAAUCAAGAUCAGGUGAAGCAUGAGCAGCAAUCCUCCUUUGCCUGAUACCUCGUCCGACACUAGAGAUGCUGGUCGCCGCCGCUUCCGAGUUCCAUUUGUCAGAAAAAUCAAUUGGGGAUCCCUGGUUAGAUAUGGCAAGAAAUGGGUCAAGCACCCAAUGAACAUAGCUCUUCUUAUCUGGCUCUUCUUUGUUGCAUCCUGCCUUGUUGUACUCUUCUUACUUAUGACUGGGAUUCUCAACCAAAACAUACCAAAGAGCUCAGUUAGAAAAAAGUGGACUGAGAUCUUCAAUCAAAUCCUCAAUGCAUUAUUCACCAUAAUGUGUUUGUAUCAGCAUCCCAGGAUCUCCCACCACUUGGUUCUCUUAUGCCAGUGGAAAUCAAAUGAUAUCGUCGAGCUUAGAAACGUUUACUGCAAGAAUGGAACAAAAAAGUCACAUGAGAGGGCUCAUAUGAUGUUUGUUGUCUUCCUUCUUCAAAUCACUUGCUUCUCUCAGUAUGGCCUUUGUGCUCUUUACUGGGCAUAUACUAGCAAGACAAGGCCAGACUGGCCACAGAUUCUCUUCAUUGCUCUUGGAACAGGAGCACCAAUUGUUGCUGCCCUCUACACAGUUUUCAGCCCUCUAGGGAGGAAGACUGUAUCAGAGAAUGACGAAGAAUCGCAGCAGCCCAACGGCGAGGAGAAUGAUUUGAAAUUAUACAAAAAGAGUGUGGUGGUGACUUCACCUGAUUGGGCUGGAGGACUCUUUGAUUGCUGUGACGAUGUCAGUGUUUGCUGCCUCUCCUUCUUCUGCACCUUCUGCAUUUUCGGAUGGAAUAUGGAGAGGCUUGGAUUUGGUAAUAUGUAUGUUCAUAUCAUCACCUUCAUACUUCUCUGCAGUGCACCAGUGUUAGUCUUCAGCGUAACAGCCCUUAAUAUAAAUGACUACGCAAUCAGAUAUGUUGUGGGGAUUGCAGGAAUUGUUCUAUGCCUAUUUGGAUUUCUAUAUGGAGGAUUUUGGAGGGUUCAAAUGAGGAAGAGAUUUAAGCUUCCUGCUAAUCCUUGCUGCUUUGGGUUUUCAGCUUUCUCUGAUUUCAUGAAAUGGCUCUUCUGCUGGUCAUGCUCCCUGGCGCAGGAGGUGAGAACAGGGAACUUUUAUGAUGUUGAGAAUGAUAGAUUUUGCAGGAAUGAGAGUGAAGAGGGAAGUCAGAGAGUUCUUGAUCUUCUUCCAAGUGAUAAUGGAGCUGUCCUUGUGAUUGUUUCAAGCUUGGAGACUGAAGCUUCAAGCAAGUGUACAGUAGAGCAAGGUACUGAAAUGGAUAUAAUUAAAACUGGAAGAAGGGAGGGUGAUGAAGCUAUGAGCGAUGAGAUGAUGAGGCCACCUCUUCCGCCAUUGAUCGAACCAGAAGUGCAGCCCAAGUGUUAGAUUGGAGCAAGGAGCUGCAAAUGGUAAAAGAAGGAAGAGUUAUGGCUGAAAAAAAGUAGCUUGAUGAAGACCUCCAAUUCAGAGUUCGUUGAACAUUUCUUGUUCAUUAUUUUUGUGAGCUUUCUUUCUUUCGGUUCAGACGGUAAAACUCUGAACUUUCAAUUGCUUGGUAGAUUACAAAAAUGCAGGAUACUGAGAGCAUUUGUACAGAAUUGUUAUUUGUUGUAAACGUAGCAUUAUUCUUGCUGUGAGCAGUUAUUUCCAGAAAUAUUAACCCCCUCCCCAACUCUGUAGACAAGUUUUAUGAAUCCUUAUUCUCUAUUUGCUCUUAUAA